AUGGCGGUGGCGACGUACGUGGAGCUGUGCACGCGUCUGUCGCGCUUCGUGCAGCUACGGCCGAGUGAUGCUCAGUGCAAGGAGUUGCUGAGUGUUCUGGAUGAGCUGGUAGCGCUCUAUGAUCGUGUAGAUCGCUCCUCUCCGCCUCAGAAACUUGCAGUGGACGCGCCACUUGUGGGACUCGCGGCCAUGGACGAUUUGGUGUUGCUCUCGAUGCACAAGCUGCUAGGAUCAUUCGUGCUCAAUUCAUCCUCUCCUGCGCUACAAGAGCGCUCGUUCGUGGUGUUUGCGCGCGUUCUACGCCGUUGCAAGCCUCGGAUGCGAGGAAAUAACGCCGGACAGGUGCAACGGCGACUUGGCUUCGUGCAGAGCUGCGUGCUGUAUCUGCCGCCCCCUCCAGAGGCCAGCGACGGCGGUGAAGAUGUUCCAGGUAGUAUGAAGCUUGCUGCUCAGCCGGAGGAGCUGAGACUAGCUAUUCUGCACAGUCUUCGGGAAUUGUUGGAUGAGGAAGACCCAGAUGAGCCGAAGAAAGAAAUGCAGCUUCAAGUGGACCAACAGCACUUCUUCGCGUACGUGGUGGCGUCGCUGCUGCAUGUGGCGCAAAAGGAUCGCUGCCGUGAAGCUGCGCUGCAAGCUGUUGAAGUGCUGAGGAGUGUGUUGUUCUUCGUUCGUGACCCGCUCACGCUACGACAGUACUUGCCUGGUGUCGCUGCUGGCUUGUGGAAAAGUGCAAACGCGCCGCAACAGGCGUCGAAGGUAAUUGUCGCUGCGUUGCAAUGUCUUGAAACAGCGUUAAAGCUUUGUAUUGGUGACGAGAAUCUGCCUGGGGGUCAUGGAAGCGACAAGUGGUUGGAAACCACGGCUAUUAACCUUGAUCUACUACUCUCGCGGAUGUUUGCAGCGAGCGUAUCAGCCGUUGCUGCGGGGACUAGUACGGGUUUGCCGCGGUCUUCUUGGCGAGUCCGUUGUGCACUUGCAAACCUUUGCGGUACAGUGAUGUUGCAGUGUCGGCGUUCGCUGCGUGUAUCAUUUUUUCGGUGCUAUGAUGAACUUUUAGUCCUUCGCGGCGACGCUAUUGCCGAGGUUGCGAAGGAAGCAGAUGAUGUACUGCAAAAACUCCAAAUGUCAGCGCUGUCUCCGGAGGAACGCUUACGGCUACUACCAGAGAUGGCUGAUCGCUUCCAAAUGCUUCUAUCGACACUUGUCCUCAAGGUUGCUACGGAGCAUGAGGCAACCAAGGUGCAUUUAGUGCGCACGCUUCGAGGUUACUUGGGAUUUCUUGGAUCCAAUCUGACCCCCUACCUGGACGCGUCCAUGGAAACGAUUUACACCUCGCUCUGUCGCGUGGUGUCAUUUGCUGCACUAGACAUCGCGUUAGUGGUUCAUCAAACGCUUCCCAGCUCAGCCGAGUCCAGUCAAAGUGAUGAUAAACCCGAAGGCAGCGUCGUGGUAUCGCAAUUUCAAAAACGAUUGCGCUAUUUCAACGAGGAAGCCUCUGUUCACGAGGUAUUGAUGAUGGUGCGUGAUGUCGGCGCAGUCUCUACCCCUGCUGGGUUUAUCGACUGCGCUUUCACGUUAUUGUCCGAGACCGACACCACAGAAUCUGGCAGCGCUGAAGUCGUUCUGGUCUUAAACGAGUUUUUGCGAGCCUAUUGCCCCACUAAGGAGAGCUCAACUAUCCCGAUUCACGAACUGGAGUGUGUUGAUGUCCACCUAAUUGGACGCAUUCUGGAAGAUUUAUUGGCUCUGGAGGCAUGGGAGGAGCACAACUCGCCGUCCAAGCGUGGUUCCAGCAGAGCAUUAGUGUCUCAACGCGCGCUUAUGGUGGAAUGCGUUGGUGUGUGUGCAGAAAUUCUUGGGUCCGAGUUCAAGAUGUUUUUACUUCAUGUGCUGUACCCGUUAGUUGAGCAAUUAGGUGCUCACGAUGUCGAAGUGGAGCGCGCAGCGUUGGCUGCAUUGGAGAAGGUCUACUAUUUCGCUGGAUACGAGUCCCUCGAGGCUCUCUUUCAGGCUAACAUGGACUACUUCGUGGACGCCUUGUGUGCACGACUGGAGCAAUUAGAUUCGUAUCCGAUGACUGCAUUUGUCGUUGAGGCGCUGCUCAGGCACACUCGGCUUGCAUCAUUACCUCUGGUGGAUGAAGUGGCUUCAUCGUUGCUUCGAAGUGUGGACUUGUAUCAGGACUCGCCUUACGUUGAUGGUCUGCUGCGUGCACUGAAAAAUCUGCUGAACAUAUCAAGCUUUGCAACGGAGAAACCAUCGGCUUCUCGGUCGCUCUUGAACGAAUUCAUUCACGAGAUGAAGGUUCUGGCAAGUGGAGGCAUUGACGCCCUUGAAAUUGAACCUGACGACGAAGAAAAACCCUCUACCCCUGAAGACACUGACCAUCCAAGUGUUAACGGCGCUCUGCCCGUGGAGUAUGAUGAAAUCCAGCCUGACGAGCAGAACGAUGAAGACAAGGACGAAGACCCUACAGCAUCAGGAUAUCGUACGCUGGUCAUUGACAUCAUGGAUAGAUGCGGUUACUUCAUUGUGGAAUCCGACCCCAUUGCGUGCUGCUUGGUUCUAUCCUUGAUCGACGAGGGCGUACGAUUCCUUUCUCAGUACCGCAAGCAAUUGUUGCCACUCGUGGCGCGCAUGUGGCAGGAGUUGUUGCCUCGAUUGCGCGUAGAUAAUCGUGCUAUCGUCACCGGAACAGUCCGUGUCAUCACCACCCUCGCAGAAACUGCAGGUGACUUCGUUGGAGAUCGUUUUGUUGAGACUGUGUGGCCAAUCCUCCGGUCUCAAAUGCAAGCCAUCCACUUUGAUGCUGACAACAAGUCGUCGCAGCUCACACGCUCCAUGCUGCUGGUCACAACGCCUUCGGCUGAAAACUCAAGCGCUGGGUUGGGUGAAGAUUCGGGAACACCCAGUAAUGCUGAUCUCAAUGCUGUGAGCGGAACUCGGAAGACGCAGGAGGUUCGUCAACUGCUUGCGAUUCUAUCGUGCCUGACUGUGGUGUGUCGGCAAUCGGAGUCAGUGGCACAGCUCGUGCCCGAUAUUACGCGUACAUGCAGCAAGUAUUUGAGCCGCACAGCACCGCGGGAGGUUGUGGAGCAAACAUCAGAGCUCUUUGCAGCAUUGGUGCAGCUCAACGGUGACGAAGUGUUCUGCACUGUUGCAGCUCUAGCCGAAUGGAUGCCUCCUGCACCGCCGACGCCACGAUUCUUUAAGUAUGAACCUGAAUCUGUUCGUCGCUUCCACAGAGGGCAUUUGUCCAGUAUCAAUGGGCAUCAGUCUUGCCGAGAGAACGCUAUCGUUCUAAUCAAUCGUUUAUUCGGUUGA